UAUAAUACGCUUCGCAGUAAAUCUGCCCCUGUGGCAGGAUUAUUGUUUGUUGUGGUAGGGUGCAUGACCUUUCCACGUUACCGUUCCGAGUUUACCCAACCCACCUCGUACUUUGAUCCAAUUGUUCGGCAAUCGAGUACUGAAUAACAAACAGAAGAAUGAAUACCUACCUGCAGGGUUCCCACAAACGCUUGCUUCACUCCGUGAUCUUACGCUUUGAUUGCAUGGGCGAGCCGGUACAAUGUAGUUCUUUAGAAUAAUCCGUGCACAAAGUGCAGCAUCGACAUCAUAGCUGUGCUGACUACCUCGGAUCACAACCACCAUGACAGCUGAUGCCAUGAAUGAGAAGAAAGGGUCGGGAGAGCCCAGAAAUAGAGGGAGUUUGGAGUCGUCGAAUACCUGCGAUGAGAAUGAAAACAUGGACAGCACUGUCAAGCUGAAAAGGGAGAUUGGAUUAGUCCGAGCGGUGUCUCUGAUCAUAGGAGCGAUGAUUGGAUCUGGGAUCUUCAUCUCACCGAAAGGUGUCCUACUUGCAACUAACAGUGUGGGCAUGAGUCUGGUUGUAUGGUUCAUCUGCGCUGUGGUUUCGUCCUUAGGUGCGAUGUGUUUUGCUGAACUAGGCGCAGUGGUACCACUAGCUGGAGGUCCAUACCAGUACGCGCUUCAUGCCUAUGGUAAUCUACCCGGCUUCAUGGUUGCAUGGUCUCUGGUAGUUAUUAUGAUGCCAGCUGGUGUUGCCAUGACAGCUAUCACCUUGGGAACCUAUACAUCUGAUUACGUCAUUCCUGGCGAUUGCGCCCCUCCUAGGGAAGCGAUCCAACUCUUUGCUAUUCUCUCAGUCAUGUUGAUUGUAUUCAUCAACUGUGUGAGUGUUCGCGUUGCCAGUGGAUUGUCUGUGGUCUUCUCGGGAGCAAAAGUCAUUGCCCUCAUGGUUAUCAUCAUCGCUGGUCUCGUCAAAGUAUUCCAAGGUCACACGGAGUAUUUAGACCCCUCGGUGUCAUUUGAAGGUUCAACUACGCAGUUCCUAGGUUAUGGAUUAGCUUUCUACAAUGGUUUGUGGGCCUAUGCCGGUUGGGAAAUACUGAACAGUGUCACGGAGGAGCUGAAAAAUCCAGGCAGGAAUAUUCCGUUGGCUAUUGGUAUCGCUAUACCUGCUGUGACCAUCAUUUACCUAUUAACCAACAUUGCAUAUUUCACCACACUCUCUCCGACUGAGCUACUGGCUUCAAGCGCCGUCGCAGUGACAUUUGCCGAGAGAACACUUGGUCCCAUGGCUUGGGUUAUUCCUGUGGGUGUGUGCAUCUCUACGUUUGGUAAUCUACUCGGUAACAUCCUUGCCUCCCCAAGGAUAGCAUUUGCAGCCGGAAGAGAAGGUCAUAUGUUGAAGGUUUUGUCAAUGAUCAAUGUGAAGCGGUUGACCCCACUGCCGGCGAUAGUCUUGCAGGCAAUUAUAGCGAUUAUUCUCAUUCUGCUUGGGGACUUCAACUCUAUUCUCAAAUUUGCUAGCUUCGUCUCCUACAUAUUUCACGGGGCUGCGUUUAUGGCCGUUCUGAUUUUACGACGGAAGUACCCGGAUAAACCAAGACCAUUCAGGGUGAAUGUCUUGAUACCUAUCUUCGCGACUGCCGUCUGCGUGUUUAUGAUCUUGGCGCCAUUAAUUGCCGCUCCUACCUUGGAGUACUUGUACGCCCUGGUAUUACUGGCCAUAGGCCUCGUAGUUUACCUUGUGUUCGUCUGGGGGAAAAGACAGCUACCAUUCAUGAAUCAAAUGACUCUGUUCUACCAGAAGUUGUUUCUCGUCAGUCCAUCUCGUUAUUAACUAACUGCACCAACCGCCACGAAGUCUUCACGUCAUAUGCAGCCAAAAUGAAGUACUUUUUGGUGAUGAAAUGCCUACACUGUAUAUCCUGUACGGAGAGACAACGCGAGUACUCAGCAUCAUUGCAACAGUUGUGUACUCCACAAAUCUAGCCUCUACAGUAUUUUGAACAUGAAAUGGUAUUGCAAACUGUAUUAAUUGGAGUACUCGGAAUAAAAUAUGAAAUCGUUACGGAUUUAGACGGAGCAGUAUCAUUAAGAAUCUGCAGAAUAUAAA